GGUACGUAAUUGAGCAUCGAAAAAAUGAGCAACGUAAAAACCAAGAAGAGCAACCAACCGGGCAUAUUCAACAAAUGCUUGAGGGCAACAAUAAGGAUGUUAAUCAAGGCGAGGGACCUGUACGUGGAGGGCAUGACUGACUGGUCAGAGAAGAUUGCUUUGGGGACGGCGAUGGGGUGCCCAACGGGUCAAGUCAACAUGGGUUUGCCCCGGAGUUACAGUGUUAACUCGUCCAAAUCAUCGAGCAAUAACGAGGACAUGAGAGAGCUCAUUAGAGCUGCUUCUACAAGGAGUCUAGGCAAUAGAACUGAUUCGGAUCUUCUUCAGAGACAAGUGCAGGCAAGUAAAAGUGGAUCAAAUAAAAAGAAAAUGCCGAGGAGUUUUAGUGUUGGUAUUGGGAGAAUUGAUGAAGAACAUAUUUGUGAUUUUGAGGAGGGUGAUGUCAAGGUCAAGAAGAAUAGUAAUUUAUUUCAAAGAAGUAGGAGCUAUGCUGUUCCAAAUUGACCAUUGUCUACUUUCUUUUGUUUCUUGUUUCUGUAGUUACCUUUAAUUUUUAGUUUGGCUUUGUGAUUUGAGGUUGGUUGUGAUUAUAUUUGAAGCUUAUAUACUCUUUUUAAUGGAAUAUCAUAAU